GAGAUUCAUUGUGGAGCAAGAGCCAAUCAUAGCUCCUGACGACACUUGUCUCAUGAAAGUUGGAAUAUAAAAAGCCACUUGGAAUACAGUAUAAAAGACUCACUGGUGUGGCAAGUGUGUCUCGCAGACUGUGCAUGCUUUAAAAUUUUGCUUGGCAUUACUCAAAAGUAAAAGAAGAAACAAGAACAAGGAAAAAGAUCGAAUUGAUUUUAAAAUCAUGCAAAAACUGCAAAUCUAUGUUUAUAUUUAUUUGUUUAUGCUGAUUGUUGCUGGCCCAGUGGAUCUAACUGAGAAUAGCGAGCAAAAGGAAAAUGUGGAAAAAGAGGGGCUGUGUAAUGCAUGUACUUGGAGACAAAACACUAAAUCUUCAAGAAUAGAAGCCAUAAAAAUUCAAAUCCUCAGUAAGCUUCGCCUGGAAACAGCUCCUAACAUCAGCAAAGAUGCUAUAAGACAACUUUUGCCCAAAGCUCCACCACUCCGGGAACUGAUUGAUCAGUACGAUGUCCAGAGAGAUGACAGCAGUGAUGGGUCUUUGGAAGAUGAUGAUUAUCAUGCUACGACGGAAACAAUUAUUACUAUGCCAACAGAGUCUGAUUUUCUAAUGCAAAUGGAAGGAAAACCCAAGUGUUGCUUCUUUAAAUUUAGCUCUAAAAUACAAUACAAUAAGGUAGUAAAGGCCCAACUGUGGAUAUAUCUGAGACCUGUCAAGACUCCUACAACGGUGUUUGUGCAAAUCUUGAGACUCAUCAAACCCAUGAAAGACGGUACAAGGUAUACUGGAAUCCGAUCUCUGAAACUUGACAUGAACCCAGGCACUGGUAUUUGGCAGAGCAUUGAUGUGAAGACAGUGUUGCAAAAUUGGCUCAAACAACCUGAAUCCAACUUAGGCAUUGAAAUCAAAGCUUUAGAUGAGAAUGGUCAUAAUCUUGCUGUAACCUUCCCAGGACCAGAAGAAGAUGGGCUGAAUCCUUUUUUAGAGGUCAAGGUAACAGACACACCAAAAAGAUCCAGAAGAGAUUUUGGUCUUGACUGUGAUGAGCACUCUACAGAAUCACGAUGCUGUCGUUAUCCUCUAACUGUGGAUUUUGAAGCUUUUGGAUGGGAUUGGAUUAUUGCACCCAAAAGAUAUAAGGCCAAUUACUGUUCUGGAGAGUGUGAAUUUGUAUUUUUACAAAAAUAUCCUCACACUCAUCUUGUACACCAAGCAAACCCCAGAGGUUCAGCAGGCCCUUGCUGUACUCCUACCAAGAUGUCUCCAAUUAAUAUGCUAUAUUUUAAUGGCAAAGAACAAAUAAUAUAUGGGAAAAUUCCAGCCAUGGUAGUAGAUCGAUGUGGGUGCUCAUGA